AUGGCCGACUCCCAAGACCACCAAGCCACACGCCAACCCUCGUCUCGUUCAUUGACGAGGCCUGGCACCGCUGGCUCUGCUUCCAUCCGCCCCUCGUUACACCCCGCCCCUUCAACGAACAGCCUAUACAACGCCGGGGCUCCCGAGUCGGCAGAGCUCCUCCUCCCGCCUAGCCGCUCUCGUCCGUCACGGCGCUUCCGCGAUGACGACUCGCCCAUGCGAUCGCCCAGCCAAAGUGGCUACAAUUCUCGCCGCACCAGUUGGGGCUCCGAGUCGACUGGCAGCAGAGACAGCCGCGUGGGUCCUUUUGCCUCUCCCUUUGACGACUCACGCGCGCCGUCACGCGCUGGCAGCGAUGACGAAGGCGUGAACACCCAGACCGUUUCGGAAAAGUACAAUAUUCUGCCUUCGGCUGGUCUGCUACUCUUCCCCGAAGAUGUCGAGAAGGACGAUUACCUGCACAAUCCGGAUCCCAACGAGAAAGAAGGUCGCAUAACGUGUUCCGACUUGUUUUCGAAACGUGGUAUUACCAACUUGGGUGGCCUCGUACUUAUCACCCUAGGAGUCUUUAUGCUGUUUAUCGGUUAUCCCAUCAUCACAUUCGCUGUCAAGUACAACGAGGCUCCCGUAAAUACAUGCUCCAGCGACCCCAUGUGUAUCAAGGACAACGUCGCACUGCUGAAGAACGUACGCCAUGGCCUCAUCGACCCAGCCACCCCCAGCUCGGUCAUGACGAGAAAGUCCGUAAACGGCAAGACUCUCAAGCUUGCAUUUUCCGACGAGUUUGAGACUGACGGCCGCACUUUCUAUGAUGGUGAUGACCCGUACUUCCAGGGUGUUGACAUCUGGUACGGUGUCACUCAGGAUCUCGAGUGGUACGAUCCCGAUGCUAUCACCACCAAGGACGGUGUCCUCGAAAUUACAUUUGAUGCUUUCCAAAACCACGGACUCAACUACCGCUCUGGUAUGCUGCAAUCUUGGAACAAGCUCUGCUUCAAGGGCGGCUAUCUCGAGGCUAGUAUCUCGCUUCCUGGUAGGGGUGACACGAUCGGUUUCUGGCCUGGUUUCUGGGCUAUGGGCAACCUUGGUAGACCUGGCUACCGUGCUACUACUGAUGGAACCUGGCCUUACAGUUACUCGGACGUCUGCGACCCCGGUAUCACUGCUAAUCAAUCUUCUCCCGAUGGUUUCAACUGGCUUCCCGGUAUGCGACUUCCCGCUUGUACUUGCGAUGGCGAGGAGCACCCUAGCCCUGGAAAGUCUCGCUACGCUGCCGAGAUCGAUGCCAUCGAAGCCAGUGUCUCCUACCUCGAUCCCGAAACAUACGGUGCCGCCGUCGGCUCAGCCUCGCAAAGUUACCAGACCGCUCCCUUCGAUAUUUUCUGGCGCCCGAACACCGAUUUCAUCGAAGUCUACGACAACUCCAUCUCGGAGAUGAACUCUUACCAGGGUGGUGUUUACCAGCAGGCUCUCUCUACUGUCACCCUUCUGAACAACGAUUGGUAUGAUGGCAAGGCCUACCAGGUGUACGCCUUUGAGUACGAGCCUGGUUCAGAUGGUUACGUCGCUUGGUACGUGGGUGCAGAGCCCACAUGGAAGAUGACUGCCGAUGCUGUCGGACCCAACGGCAACGUCGGACAAAGAGUCAUGCCGGAGGAACCUUUGGCACUAAUUGCCAACUUCGGUCUCUCGGCCAGUUUCGCCCAGCUGAACUGGACUGGUCUGGCUGAGCUCAUGCCUGGCAAAAUGAGAUUCGACUACAUCCGUAUCUACCAGGAUGAGGACGGCGAGAUGACCUGCGACCCCGAAGGCUACCCCACAACCGAGUACAUUAAGAAGCACUCCAAGGCAUACGAGAACCCCAACAUUACAAGUUGGGAGGAUGCAGGAUUCAGCUGGCCCGAGAACUCGUACGUCGAUUCUUGCAAGAGCAGCAACUACAAGGGCCCGAAUUAA